AUGCCUCCCCCCUAUGGAGUAACAGGAAACGUCCUUCCCUGGGUGGUCUGGACCAUCUGGACGGCGAGAAACCAGCUGAUUUUUGAAGAACGGAGCUCCUCACCUAGAGAAAUUGCAACAAAAAGUAUAGCAUCAGCUCGUGAAUUGACCCAAGCUCAAAGAAAGCCAGAUAAUUCACAGAACCAUAGCCUGAGUAGAUCACAUGACCAGAGACACAAGCAAAGGAACCCAAUCGUCUGUAAAACCGAUGCCUCGUGGAAUCAAUCAUUGAAGAAAGUAGGAACGGCUUGGAUCUUCAUGGGAUUACCGAGCUCUAUGAUUUGUCAAGCUUCACUGAUCGAAGACUUUGUAAGUUCACCACUGAUGGCAGAAGCUAUGGCUGUUAGAUCGGCUCUCCAAAUGGCAGCAACACUCGAUCUGACCGAUCUGAAUGUCUGCUCCGAUAACCAAACGCUCGUUCGAGCUAUCACCAACAAGCAACCCAUCAAGGAGAUAUACAGAAUCCUUUCAGAUAUCACCCGUCUCUGUCUCUGGUUUGCAUCGAUUUCGUUUAAGUUCAUCCCUCGUUCUGAGAACGGGGAAGCUGAUGAGCUGGCUAAGACCACUCUCAGACUUUCAGUUUCUGUAACAAGACCCCUAAACAGACUAAAAUUCAAGGUUUGA